CAAAAGAAUUUGUUUAUUAUGAAUUUCUACAAUUUCAUAGAUAAGGAUAACUUGAUGAAAAACUGCAAUCUAUUAUCUACUAUCUAUUAUAUGGUUUUUCAGUUUUUUUCUCAAGUUUUGGAAUUCCUAACCCUGUAGUUGGGUAUAGUGAGAGUAAACUCAAGAGUUGCAUUGUUGGCGUCUGAAUGCGACUGCUCAAAUGCUUUUAGUUUGCAAUAUGUGACGUUUUUUUUCAUGAAAUUUUAAAACUUUUCAAAGAACUUGGAAAAAAAUUGGUUUUUCAGUUUUUUUCUCAAAAUUUGAAGUUCCUUGUCUUGUAGUUGGGUACCAUGAGGGUAUUUUCAAGAAUUUUAAGCUCCAAACCUUGCGUUUAAAAUCGACUGCUAAAAUGCUCUUAGUUUUCGAGAUAUGACGUUUGUUGUAGUUUUUCAAAAAAAAUUUCAGGAUACUUAAAUAUAUAUUUUUUAAUUUUAAAAUUUCCAACACUAUCUGAGAGCUAUGAGAAUACUAUCGGGUUUGCGAAUCUCACUUCCAAUUAUGAAUGCUCAAAUCUUUGUAGUUCGCGACAUAUGACGUAUUUAAUAUUUCUUUAAAAAAAUUCAGAAAAUUUAAUUUCAAAUUUUAAAAUUUCCAACUAUUUAGUUGGUGGCUGUAAAAGUAUUCUCAGUGGUUGCAAAUCUUGCCUUCAAAUAUGGCUGCUAAAUUAUUUAUAGUUUCCGAGAUAUGAAUUUUUCGCGAUUUUAAAAGUUUUCAGAAAAUUUAAAUUUGACAUUUUUUCUUCAAAUUUUGAAUGUCCCAACCCUUUAUUUGGGGCUGUCUGAGUGCUGAAUGGGGUUGCGAGUAUCUACGCCUCAUAUGACUGCUCAAGUCUUUGUAAUUGUCGAGAUGUGACGUUUUUAUGGUUUUUCAAUUUUUUUCUCAAAAUUUGAAAUUCCUUUUCUUGCAGUUGGGUACUGGGAGGGUACUUUCAAGAAAUUUAAGAUCCAAACCUUGCGUCCAAAAUUGACUGCUAAAAUGCUUUUAGUUUUCGAGAUAUGACGCUUGUUGUAGUUUUUCAAAAAAACUUUCAGGAUACUUCAAUUUAUUUUUUUUAAUUUUGAAAUUUCCAACACCAUUCGAGAGCUAUCAGAAUACUAUCAGGUUUGCGAAUCUCACUUCUAAUUAUGACUGCUCAAAUCUUUGUAGUCCACGAAAUAUGACGUUUUUUGUUAUUUCUUAAAAAGUUUUCAGAAAAUUUAUUUUCAAUGUUUUUUCAAAUUUUGAAAUUCCCAACUCUUGAGUUGGUGGCUGUCGAAGUAUUCUCAGUGGUUGCAAAUCUUGCCUCCAAAUAUGACUGCUAAAUUAUUCGUAGUUUUCGAGAUAGGAAUUUUUGCAAUUUUAAAAAAGUUUUCAGAAAACUUAAAUGUGAUAUUUUUUCUUUAAAAUUUGAAUGUCCCAACCCUUUAUUCGGGGCUUUCAGAGUGCUCAAUGGGGUUGCGAGUAUCUACACCUCAUAUGACUGCUCAAAUCUUUGUAGUUUUCGAGAUGUGGCUCUUUUAUGGCUUUUCAGUUUUUUCUCAAAAUUUGAAAUUCAUAACCAUGUAGUAGGGUACUGUGAGAGUACUCUCUGGAGUUGCAAGUUUUGCGUCCAAAUGUGACUGCUAAAAUGCUUUUAGCUUCCAAGAUCUGACAUUUUUAUGUUAUUUUAAAAUUUAAAAAAGAAAUUAGAAAUGAAAAACUUCAUAAAAUUUAAUGGUUUUUCAAAAUGUGAAUUAAAGAAACUAAUAGAAAAGAAAAUUUGCAAUUUUUAACCGAUCGUUUUUCAUUAUAUGCGUAUUUUUUUAUGAGUUUUCAAAAAUUCGAAGCUCCGGAGGUGCGUUACACACUAUUUAUAUAUUUAAAUGCGGAAUUUACUAUCUCGCCAUGCUUAAACUUUUUCAACGUAAUAUUUUUGCAUGUUUAAAGAAAGAAUUUGUGCACGUUUAAGCUAGAUCGUAUACUGCAAUGCUGAAGAAUUUUUUUGUCCUAUUUUUCUUAGUCCUAAUUUCCAAAUUCGAAAUAAUCAACACUAUAGCGAGGCGCUCUCAAGGUUUUUUCAGGUUGUUUGUCUGGACUACAAUUAUGACUGCUCAAAGCCUUUUGCCUUUUUCAGAUAUGACGUGUUUAUCUUUUGUGAAAAUUUUCAAAAGAGUUAAAAUCGAAAUAAAUACUUUUCAAAAAUUGAAAGUGUCGUCCCUUUGGUGGGGUUAUAUCAGGUUACUAAAAGCAAAUGCAUAUUUGGCCUCUCAUCCCUAUAUUAUCUCCCAAGUUUUUUCAUUAAACUUUUUGUUAAAUUAAGAAAAAAGGUUUUUUUUUUAAAAAUAAUUACGCUGUAUUAUGAAUCCCAUUUAUGAUUUUGCAGUUGAAAUUUUUUCAUGCUUUGAAUAUGGAAAGCGCAGUUGUAUGCUGUCGGCAAUUUUAAGGGUUUGCUUACGGAGGUCUGAAACUCAGUAGUUUUGGAGAUUUGUCUAUUAGAAGUCAAAAUUAUUUCUAUCGUUCAAAUUUGGAAAUCAGGAGCGUUGUGGAUUCCCGCGUCUUUUUUUUUACAGUUGCAUUUAUUUCGUUGUUUUUUCCAUAUUUGUGUGUAGAAGCAACUUUCAUGUUCGCUAGUCUGUUGGAAGCACCGUUCUGUUAACCAGAAUUUUUCUAAGAUAUACUAUUGGUUGUUGCAAUUCGGGCCUUGAAAAAUCAGCUUGGCUCAAUUCGGGUUGAGCUUUAAAUGUAAAAUUUACUAACUGCUUUACGCAUUAAUGAGCAGCUAGUACAUCUAAUUUCAUAUCAAUAAAAUCAUUAGUUCAAAUUGCCAAUUUUCAUGAUUUUAAACGUCACAAAAUUGGGAAAAAUAGUUGCAGGUGAAUAUUUUUUCACUUAUGAAUUCGUAUCAGUUUUCCAAAUUAAAUUUCAAUCGAAUAACAUUAAUUCAAGUUACCUAAAAGUCGCCAAAUAUUUCAAUUGAGGUCAUUUUUUUUAGCAACAGGAUUGAAAUCGACUUAUCAUAUUGAGAAGUAAAAAAGAAAAACAAAAAUCACAUUUAUUUUCUGUAUUUUCAAUCACGCACAGUAUUAGAAUGUGCUUCAAUGUUUAGCCUCAAACCAUUGAUUUUGGCUUAUGCUGUUUCAUAAUUUGUUUUGUGUACGCUUCAUUUUAUUCUCUUUGUAAAACAGCUCAGCUCUUAAAUCUUGAAUAAUGCCUGGUAAGAAAGGAACUAAAGGUAAGAAGAAAGCGAAAGCAGACAGUGCAAAGAAGUCUGGAGGAGGGGAAAAGAAGGUUAGACUAGACCCGAAUCCCAUCCCUCCAUAUGUAGAAGUUAAACCGCCGCCAACUCGUGUAGACACGCUAAAAGCAAUUCUGUCAGAGAACAAAAUACAUGAGAAAGAUAUAAUGGGCAUUAAAGUUCCAUCACAUGUAUUGGAGUAUUUGACGCCAUCGGAAGUGAGAGAGCUGAAGUUCGUUUUUGACACGAUGGACCGAGCUUCGCGUGGGGCUAUUGGACCAAGGGACUUACGAAGGGCUCUCAGAGGACUGGGAUUCCAAAUAGACGCUGCCGAAGUUGAAGGCCUCGUGAAAGAUUUGGAAAACAAAGUUCCCAACACUGCUACAUUUCACGAUUUUCUGGACAUUAUAAUCGCACGCCAGUCUGACAGUAUCGAAGUUUACGAAGAAUUGAACCAAAACUGGAAACUAUUCGACUUGAAGGAGAAGGGCGGGUUCGACAUCGACGAUUUGAAGAAGCUGUGCCACGAUGUUGAUUUGAUCUUGAACGAGAAAGACCUUAGGCAGAUGAUGGAAAUGGCAGAUGCGAAUGGAAAUGGUCUGAUUGAGCAGAACGAGUUUGUGGACAUCAUGAUGAGAACUAAUCUAUUCGAAGACGUUGACCUGAUGCGGAUGCAACAGUUUGAUAAAAAGUGAAAAAAUGUUUGAUGCACGGAGUGGAAGUUCAUGUUUUAUAGUGUUCAAACUCAUUCUAGUAUGCUCACUAAACUUUCCUUAUUAGUUUUAGUUUCACAUGAUCGGCAUGUAUCAUCCAAAUCUUUUUAAAUUGUACUUUAACUCAAUUUACAGUGUUUCUUUCAUUA